AGUGGAGUCGUGCAGAGUAGAUCAUACCAAGAAAUUGUGCGCCGAAUGGGUUUGGUUGCUAUUGUGCGGCAGGGUAGGAGCUGAGAGAAUUGGAGGCGGAAUUUCCAUGGUGACGGUUGAAAUGGCGAGGCCAUUCGACGAGCGAUCGUGCGAUCGGAUGAGGUCCGGAGGGCCGAAGAGAGAGAUAUGAAGAGUGCGUAUUCUCACGUAUUCAUUCAUGACUUGGAUGGCGAAGCGGAAGGAAGGGAAGGCAACUCUUCCCGUGUGGUGAACAGCCUGGGUUUCUUAUGUCAUUUGCGGGAAUUAGCUGGAGAACGUCCAAAAAGAUGUUGAGAGUUUGUUGUUUUUGAAUGCGGAGCGAUGGCGCGCAACUGGUACAUACGCUGCAGGUUUAGGAUCGUGUCGGCGGAAGUUGACUCGUGGUGCAACCGGAAUCGGUUGAAAGAAAGGGGAGGAGGCAAAUGGUUUGGUAGAGUUUUAUUCGGGGUGUAGGUUGGCGUGCGAGGGGGCGAGGCGUGGGAGAAGAGCGCAGGGCAUUGCAUGGAGAAGAGAGAGAGUGAGGCUCCCGGAGAAGGUGAGAGUCGGUGUGAAGGCGGCUGACAAACAAACAGGCACAGGAUGGAGAGAGAGAGAGAGAGAGAGAGAGAGAGAGGGAGAUAGGGGGAUGCAAGAAGAAGCCCUAAUGCAUAGUGGAGGAUGAUCAUGGACAGAGCAAGAGCGCGCGCAAAGCCAAGGCUUAUGAUAAUCUAAGAGCGAAAGAUCAGGUGUCAGUCAUACCAUGCCACCGUGCAUCCUCCUUCCUUCCCCUCUACAUUGUCUUUCUUACCACUCUUCUUCCAACAUACCUUUUCCAGUCCCAGCCCCAUCGUCCCUCUAUGCAAUGGCCAGCCUAGCCCCGCCUCCGCCCUGCCCUUCUCUGUCCCUUUUCCUUUUGUUUACCUCCCUCGAUCAUUGAAUCUUCUUUCCCUUUUGUUGCAGUAUUCUUUCGUUUUGAAUCGGUCAUCUGCUUUUGGUUUACAUGUCAUUUGUUCAUUUUUCUGGCAUUCAUAUAAGCCUCGGGGUAGUUCGGGCCGUUUUUUGGGAGUAAUGUAACCAGCAGAGGAACUGGGCGAUGGUGAUCCAUGCAGCCAUCGUCUUCGAAAGAUAAAUUAUGCUCAAGUUUGUCGGUCCUACUAGAGGAGGAGAUUUGAAUCUCAUCCUCUGGGAACCGUUGUCUUGGAAAUGAACACGAAUUUAGUGAAUUACUACUUCAUUGAAAGGUCAAGGUUGGCGUGAGCGUGUUAUUGUUUCAUUACCACUCAGUCUGACAUAUGCGUAUGCCCUUAGUGAAGUCGAAUUUUAUAACCUGAUCUGUCCAUCUAAGAUUGUGAUUUGAUUUUUCAAUUUUUAUUUUUAUUUUUUUAGAUGUAGAAUUUUUUGGUUCCUCUUUUCAAAUUCUGUAUUAUUAGCCCAUCCUGAGAUGUGCCUCAUUUGUGAGUGCUUUGUUCGAUGUCUGGCAUCCAUUUCCAGCAUUAUCUAUAAUUUUUCAUAAAUGGUGUAUCAUAUUGUGAUGUGAUACUUUCAAAACUUCUUUCUCCCUUUAAAUUUUCGAUUCAUCUGUUGCUCAACGCAUCCCUGAAGUUUUCUAGAAUGAAAUUCAGAUCUAUCCUUUGUGUUGUGUGCCGCUCAAUGUUAUUCUUCAUCAAUCACAACACAAUUUUUUCUGAUAACCUGAUUGUCUCCUCAGCCUAUUUGCCUCUGUCCAGCUUCUUAAUGUAUAUUUUCUUUUUCGCUGAAUCCUCCAUGGAUUCCAGAAUUGUGUAGGAAAGAUCUUUUGAAUGUCAUUCAAAUGAUUUUUCAAAUCCACUAUUUGUAUCUCUAUCAUGUCCAGGGCUUGUAUACCUUAUAGUUUGUAGCCAUCUUUCAUUUGUACCAGUAUUUUUUUCCACGUUUAUACCCUGACGUACCGACUAUAAUGAGACUGGAUUCUGAAUUUGAAAUAUAUCUCUGUAAUAUCGCAAUGGAGUAUGCUGUCCUCUGAAGGUCCACUGGUGAUAGUGCCUUCUGUCGUGAUUCCGAGCCUCGCAAGUCUUACUCACGUGUAACACCCUUACCGAGAGGCGAAAAAUUGGGACAUACUGGAGUGAUGACGGAAGUAUCAUUUUGGAAUCGCUAAGGCAGGACGUGAGCAUCAUCAUUUGAGCGCCGCUCGUGACUGAUGCGAGAAUGGCAAGUGGGCAGUUAGACUCUCCUACCUGUGAAGGAGUGGUCCUUAAUUCAUCGCACAGUCCGCGUUUCGAUAUCAACGAGUUUUUGAAGACUCCAAAAGACGUCAAUGCUGAAGAGCAGUUCUUUAAUUUUGCGACAUUCAAUUCUCCAGCACCCGCCUGCAAUAUGUUAACGCCCCUUCCCUCCUUCAACAACAGGAGGUCUGGAAGGACUGAAGGAGCCCCAGAAUCAGACUUCAGUUCCUUGUUGUUUGAUAGCAGGGGAAUUGAUGGAGAGAUAGCAUAUGCAGAUGAUUCCUUGAAUGGGGAGUUGAUCGCUUUUGAUGAAAUUGAUGCUGAUCUUGCGAAAGAUUCAUUUGCCCUCUUCAGCGGCUCGCAUGACAACUACAUGAACAAUACGCCCAUUUCGCCUGUGAAACUGGAGGUGCCAUCUUAUGUCCCUUCGCCAGGAAGUAGGCUUCCUUCCAUGACCUGCCCUCCCACAAUUUUCACAGCAGGAUCGUACAUGGUAGGGAAUUUAGUUGGUCUUGUUGACGUCGAAGAUCGGGCUUUUGGAAGUAUGGAGCAUGGGGCCUCAACUUCCGACGGUACACACCCUAUUAAUUGUGGUGGCGCACCAUUGGACUGGGGUAUGUCACGGGAGGGCCUCAUUCAGCCCAACUUCGGACAGUCACACAAUCAGCAAUUUCAGUGCGCUUCAUGCCAGAUUCUUCGCCGUAUUAUCCACUCAAACGUUGAAAAUUACGCAGUGCCGAAUGCGACGAGUGAUAGUUUGAAUGUUUAUGGUGAGAUUGUUGAGUCAACACUGCAGAGAUUGCUCUUCCUGGAAACCUCAAGCUGGCACAAUAGAGUUCAAGACACAAAGCUUGAGAUUCAUGGAUGUGAUGGCCAAAGCUAUCAUGCAGUCCUGCAGACUCGGUUCUGUAUUGACGAUGGCUUUCCCGCAUCUUUUGAGCAACAGAUGGUUGAGUUUCCUGUUGGGAACGCCGAGUACGUGAAGCAAUUUCUGUUACAGUAUAGCCUUUUGCGUAGAAAGGAAGGUUUUGUACUUCGGCAUGACUCCUUGGCUUCGCAUGCAAGUGGAGGCCUUGGAAUAGGCAUGUCGUCAGAGCGGGUGAUGGGUGCAAAUUCGGGGUGUCUUCCGAAGUCAAUGGGACACAUUAUUCUCCCAGACGUUCUUUGUACUUCCUCUGACUUUUCCAAAAGCGGAUGUGCGUAUGGGAAAGGUGGCCUUGGACAGAACAAGCUUCACCAUUGUGGAAGCAUAGACAGCACUGAUAACGCAGAUAUGACAAUUGGACCAGCCAAGCCUCCCAAGAGUAAUGCUGCAGCGCAGAGAGAGAGAACGGGAAAACUCAAAAUGACAGAUUUGGCGCAGCACUUUCAUCUGCCAAUCAAUGCUGCUGCCAAAGAACUAGGAAUUUGUCCUACUGUUCUGAAGAAAAUAUGUCGGCGUAAUGGCAUGCGUCGAUGGCCUCAUCGCAAGAUUAAGAGCAUAGAGCGCAUAAUUGCAACGUUGGAGCAGACAAUAGCAGAGGGUGCCGGUCAAGGCGAUGAGAGCAUUCGCAUGGAGAUCGCUAUGCUGCGAAAUGAACGAGCACAGCUCUGUGCAGGAUUUUUGGGUGAUACAUGACCAUUUUUCUUUCCCAUGGAAUCAGCCAACUUUGAAACUCCACCCAAUGAUUUUUUCUCUUUUCUUUGACCCUCUUUUCCUCUCUCAACUUAAGUGCAAGUAGACGAAUUUGUUGAAUGUGAAGAUCCAACUCUAUUCCGUUGUAAAAUCAAUAGGAAAAAGAAAUCUGAGGUCGAAUUUGGCUAUCUCCCUUCACAUAUAUUGGUGUAUUUGGGCAGAAUCACCAAAACUUUUGUCACUUGAUAUUCUAAUAUCUUUGAACUCUUUGAAAUAUUAUUUAACAAGUAUUUGAGUAAAUCACAUAUUUCAGUA